AUGCAGCAGCCAGCGACGCCGAGUCGGCGGCAGGUGGCGCGGUGCGCAGCGGCGGUCAAGUUUGCCAAGUAUCAGGGGCUGGGCAAUGACUUCAUCCUGGUGGACAAUCGGCACCAGCUCGAGCCGGUUGUCACCCCCGAGCAAGCCGUCAAGCUGUGCGACCGAAACUUUGGCAUUGGUGGCGACGGGGUCAUAUUUGCGCUGCCCUCGGAGAAUGGCACCGAUUACAGCAUGCGCAUCUUCAACUCGGAUGGCUCUGAGCCCGAGAUGUGCGGCAACGGCAUCCGCUGUCUGGCGCGGUUUGUGGCAGGUGAUCCACGUGCUCGAGGGGCAGGAGCCCAGCUUGUGCACACGCUGGCGGGGCUCAUCCAGCCAGCGCUGCUGCCUGAUGGCCAGGUGUGUGUGGACAUGGGAGAGCCCAUCCUGCGUGGCCCAGACGUGCCCACCACGCUGCAGCCCACGCAGGGCGAGGCGGUAGUGCAGCAGAAGCUGGCAGUGGAUGGCAAGGAGUGGCUCAUGACCUGUGUCAGCAUGGGCAACCCGCACGCCAUCACCUUUGGCCUCGCUGAUGGCAGCAGCAUCAAGGUGGACAGCAUUGACCUGCCUGGCAUCGGUCCAAAGUUUGAGCACAACCCCGUCUUCCCGGCCCGCACCAACACCGAGUUUGUGGAGGUGCUGUCCCGCAGCCAUGUGCGUAUGGUGGUGUGGGAGCGUGGCGCCGGUGCGACGCUUGCCUGCGGCACGGGCGCUUGUGCGACCGUGGUGGCGGGCGUGCUGGAGGGCCACACCGACCGCUCCUGCCAGGUGGAUCUGCCUGGCGGCCCGCUGCACAUUGAAUGGCGCGAGUCUGACAACCAUAUCUACAUGACCGGCCCGGCUGAACUUGUCUUUGCCGGCAGCGUCGAUGUUUGAGCCCGCCCGCUUCCUGUAACACUGCCUCCCUAC